GUUCACCAAAAAUCUGUCACCUGACAAGAUCAACCUGAGCACAUUAAAGGGGGAAGGUCAGCUGACCAAUUUAGAGCUGGAUCAAGAGGUGCUUCAGAACAUGCUGGAUCUUCCAACAUGGCUAGCUAUAAACAAGGUCUUUUGCAAUAAAGCAUCCAUUAGGAUACCAUGGACAAAAUUGAAAACACAUCCCAUCUCCUUGUCCUUGGAUAAAGUUGUAAUGGAAAUGAGCACAUGUGAAGAGCCACGUGCCCCUAAUGGACCCUCUCCUAUAGCAACUGCAUCCGGACAGAGUGAAUAUGGCUUUGCUGAAAAAGUGGUAGAAGGCAUUUCGGUUUCUGUGAACUCCAUUAUAAUAAGGAUUGGCGCAAAAGCCUUUAAUGCUUCAUUUGAACUUUCCCAGCUGAGAAUAUAUAGUGUAAAUGCAAACUGGGAACAUGCUGACCUCAGAUUUACUAGAAUACAAGAAGGUCAACGUGGAGAGGUUUUGACUUUUAAAGAAAUCAACUGGCAGAUGAUCAGAAUAGAAGCAGAUGCAAUCCAGAGUUCUAAGCAUGAAAUCAUGAGUGCUCCAGUUCGACUGAUUACUAACCAAUCAAAAAUUAGGGUCACACUUAAAAGAAGGUUAAAGGAUUGUAAUGUAGUGGCAUCAAAACUGGUUCUGAUUCUGGAUGAUUUGCUAUGGGUUUUGACUGAUUCCCAGUUGAAAGCCAUGGUGCAGUAUGCCAAAUCUCUUAGUGAAGCCAUAGAGAAAUCAACAGAACAGAGAAAAAGUUUGGCUUCUGAAACAGCACAGAGCUCUGCCCCUGCACCCAGCUCUCAGCAGGUGAAAGUGCACCAGACAACAGCAGCACCUGAUCAAAAUGAUGCAAUAGUAAAAUUGUUUAAUGAUUUUGAUGUUAAGGAAACUUCUCAUCACUUAGUAAUUUCCCAUUUGGACCUACAUAUAUGUGAUGAUAUCCAUUCUAAAGAAAAAGACUCAAAUAGACGUGUUACAGGAGGGGCCAUGCAGCUUUCCUUCAGCUAUUUAACAGUGGACUAUUAUCCAUUUCACAAAGCAGGAGACAGCUGCAAUCACUGGAUGCAUUAUAGUGAUGCCACUAAAACCAGAAGUGGAUGGGCCAAAGAAUUAUUAAAUGAAUUCAAAAGCAAUGUUGAAUUGCUUAAGCAGGCUGUGAAGGACCAGGUCACAGAUUCUCCUCCCAAAUCACCACCUGCUGUAUCUCCUCAGAACCUACAAACAGGCAAGGAACAGAUACCGAAAGGAACAUCUAGGGCUUCCUCUGUAUCUUCCCAACAACCAAAGGGCAAACUGAUGUCUAGUCCUAUUGUGGUUAGACUUGCAGAUUUCAAUAUAUAUCAG